AUGGCCAAAAUAAAGCAUCCAAAGUUCCACAAUCCCAUAGAAAAACAGUUUAACGAGAUAACUAGAUACCAUUACUUCUUAUUCAUUCUUUUGUUUUCGAGUAAAAUACCGAUAUUCUGGCAUGCGUUGAACCUCAUCUUUUUAUCGCCGCCUAUUGAUUAUUUUUGCAAUGGAAAUUCAAGUAAUUUGUGUCCGUGCGAUGAGCCUGUUUGGGAUAGAGGCGUGUUUGAGGAGACCAUGCAGACAAAAUUUGGGAUAUACUGCGAAAAUUCCUGGCUGACAAGUUUCUCGCAUAGUAUGAAUUUCGUCGGUUUACUGAUUGGGGCCUUAAUGUUCGGAUUCCUGUCUGAUAAAUUUGGUCGGCUAUCAAUGUACACAGUAUGUUGUCUAAUACUUGCUGUAUCGGGAUGUCUCGUUAGCGCCAUGCCUACAAUAGCUGCAUUCACAUUAAUGCGAUGCCUUGAAGGAAUUGGUUGUGGGGGCGCCAUCAUCACCGCUUUUGUCCUCUGCAUAGAGUACUGCAACUUACGACAUAGAGAAGUCAUUACUGCUUUAUUCCACAUACCCUCAAAUAUCAGCCAUAUUACUUUACCUGGUGUUUCGUAUUUGUUUCGUCAUUGUGACGAAUUUCAGCUUGCGCUGUCCAUUCCUGUUUUUAUUUACUUGAGUUCCUGGUGGCUGGUGAUGGAGUCUCCUAAAUGGUUGAUGGAUAAUGACAAGGUUGAUAAAGCAGUGGCUGUUAUGCAACGGUUUGGUGAAAUAAAUGGAAAACCUUGCGAGAACAUAAAAGAAGAAAUCGAGCAGUAUCUAGCCCAUCAGAGCAACAAGUCACAAAGGAAAAUGAAGUUCUGGCAAAUAUUCAAACAUAAGAAACUGACAAUCAAUUUGGGAUGUAUGUCCGUGAUAUAUUUUCUUUGUGGCAUGGGAUAUUAUGGCGUUUCUCAAUAUAUUGGCAAAAUGAGUGGCGAUAUAUACGUUAAUGUAGCAGUAUCGGGCUUUUUGUUACUUCCAGGAACUUUAUCUUCUAUAUUUUUAUUACAAUGGUUAAGUCGUAGAACGUUUUUAAUGCUAACGAUAUUUUUCUCUGGCUUUUUUAUGAUCUUAGUAGUUUGUAUGCCGAUCAAGCUACUGUGGUUGAGAGUCGUGUUGGCUUGUAUUUGCAACUGUUUCUUCUUCAUGUCUUUUAUUAUUGUAUUUCUGUAUAGUGUGGAAUUAUUUCCGACUUCAGUGAGGAAUUCUACAUUAGGAUUUUUAUCAGUAUUAUCAAGGAUUGGCCAAAUAACUGCUCCGCUUAUAAACUCUUUAUCAGAAACUGCAUCUGGUAGUGUUUUUGGUGCACUUGCUCUUUUAGGAACUAUAUUAUGCUGUAUUCUACCUGAGACGAAGAAUGCAGAAUUACCCUCGUCUUUAGAUGAUACCAGAACAUUAACUAGACGAAAAACUCGCUUGGAAGAAGAUGAUUCGUUCAAAGACACUAGGAAUGUACCACUUCCUGCUAUAAAGUAA